CAGAUGGGCUGGUCAAAAUGGCGGCGCGGGUAACGGGGACGUCCCGUGUGUUAAACAAAUUAGAAGCGUGCAUCGACUGCGGAAAUUAUUACGAAGCCCACCAGAUGUACAGGACCCUAUAUUUCAGAUACCAAGGCCAAAAGCGAUACGCCGAGCUCAAGGAACUGCUCUACAAUGGUGCCGUCAAACUCCUCAGGUUGGACCAGUGCAACAGCGGAGCCGACCUGGCAAACCUACUGGUGGACGUUCUUGUUCAGUCCGACACUGAACCCUGCGAAGAGCAAAUUGAACGGUUGGGGUGCCUGUUUGCACUGCUGGCGCCACACUCGCCCGAGCGGUCGACGUUCCUGGCGCGGGCGCUGCAGUGGUCGGCCGGCAAGGAGCAGCCCGCGCGGGGCCACCCCCAGCUCCACCGGCUGGUGGCACUCACCCUCUGGAAGGAGAAGAACUACCCGGAGGCGCGGCACCACUUCGUCCACUCGACGGACGGCGAUGGCUGCGCCGCCAUGCUCAUCGAGUUUCAGAUGACCAAAGGCUACAGCUGCGAGAUUGACCUGUUCAUCGCCCAAACAGUGUUCCAGUACCUGUGCCUGCGCAAUCCUUCUACAGCCUCGGUUGUUUUCUUAGCAUACACGCGGCGCCACCCCAGCGUCCACCCCGGGCCGCCCUACUACAUGCCCCUGCUCAACUUCCUCUGGUGUCUCCUCCUCGCUGUUGAAACGAGGAAGCUGGCGGUGUUCACAGUGCUGUGCGAGCACUACCAGCCAACCAUCAGCCGGGACCCCACGUACCCUCAGUACCUGGACAAAAUUGGCCAGCUCUUCUUCGGCCUCCCGCCGCCACCCAAGCCGCAGGGCAUGUUCGGCAACCUGAUCCAGACGCUACUUGGGGGACUGGAGGAUGACGACUCCGGUUCAUCGUCGCAUGCGGGCAUGGCAAUGGGGCAGUCGACAUCUGCUGAAGUCCAGCCGGAAGAGUUGGAUUAGGUUUUAUUGAGAAAACGAAGGAGUGCAGCGUCGUUGAUAGCUCCGGUUUUGACCACCAGCAGAUCAUCGAGAUGUGCGAACAGGGCUUAGAAGGCCCGAGAAUGUUUUUGUGCAUGAAGGAAAAAGAUGGCGGUUGUUAUCAACACGGUACAAAUCCACACGACGCAACGCGGAGAGACUUUACGGUGUGCCGAGCGAAGGCAGAAUUGCUCUUCAAUGGGUGGGAAAAAAAAAGUGGGUCGGUGGAGCCGUUUGUUGAUGUUUUUCGCUAGUAGAUUUUACGUGUCUCGGCUGCCAACUACGUUUAUAGUGUAAUGCCAAGCGCGGGUCGAUGCAGCCCGAGAUAUGGAUGCCUACGAUCCGCGCAUCAUUUGGAUGUAGGGUGGGUUCGGCGUGGAGGAAUUGAUUUUUUUUUCCAGGUGGUCGUCGCUUGGCCACUGUUGUUGCCAGUUACUAGCGAUGGCCGAGCGCACAGUGUCGUAUGUUAGUUUACGAAAUAUAUAUUGUUUCUUUUCGCAUUGCUGGAACCAGCAGCCCAACGCCUUUGUUUCUUUUUUUUUGUUCUUUUAGUGACUCAAAUUAACUGCAUUUCUUGUGAUGCAAGUAAUUAUUAUUAAACUUGUCUUCUGUGUUCUGAGAGAGCCUAUUAUAUUCAUUUUUUACUGCUCUCUUUUUUUAAUAUGCUUUGACUGUUUACAGACUGGUUUCUGUGAAAAAAAAAUGAUAAAUUUCAGUUGUCUUAUGGGAGAAGCUGCUGUGAACACGCACAUUUGCCAUUUGAGCAAUAAAAAAAAGUGGAACAGUG